UAAAGUGGACUCAAACUGCAUUGUUUCUGCAGUGUAGAUGCACCCUGGGAAACAGUGUGUGGCAAGACUAAUUUCCAUCAAAAUGUCCCCAUUUCCCCAGAAGCCGAGUCUCUUCUCCCUGCCUUCUUGUGCUCCUGCUUUGUUUCUCUUUCCGCAGGGACCACCGGGACCUCGAGGACCCCCAGGAAACGCUGGGGAAAAAGGUGGCAAGGGAUCCCCAGGUCUUAAAGGUGCCACAGGUCUCCCUGGGCCUCCAGGUGCCAGCAUCACUGGCCCGCCGGGUCCAGAAGGCCAAAGUGGCCCCCCGGGAGCUCCUGGCCCCAGUGGUUUAAUGGGUGAAAAGGGAGCCAGGGGCGAGAAG